AUGGCAGCUGUUGACAUCGACGUGCCGGUUGAUGCCGAGCCUCAACUUCACAAUGCGGGCGACCUGGAACGUCAAGCAGAAGGCUUCAAAGAACAGGGUAAUGCGUUCUACAGCAAGAAAGACUACUCUGAAGCCUUUAAUUAUUACACGAAGGCAAUUGAUACGUGUCCCAAAAAUGCCAGCUAUUAUGGCAACAGGGCAGCCACCUUAAUGAUGCUCUGCCGCUUUAGAGAAGCCCUGGAAGAUUCCCAGCAGGCAGUGCGGCUGGAUGACUGUUUCAUGAAGGGUCAUUUACGUGAGGGCAAGUGUCACCUGUCUCUGGGAAACGCCAUGGCUGCCGCUCGCUGCUUCCAGAAGGUUCUGGAUCUGGAGCCCAGCAACAGAGAAGCGCAGCAAGAGAACAAGAAUGCAGAAACUCUGCUGGAAUUUGAGCGACUGGCAGAUUUUGGCUUUGAGAAGCGAGACUUCAGAAAGGUGGUUUAUUGUAUGGACCGGGCCUUGGCUCUGGCAUCUGCCUGCCACCGCUUCAAAAUCCUCAAGGCUGAGUGUCUGGCGCUCCUCGGACGUUAUCCUGAAGCUCAGUCUGUCGCCAGUGAUAUCUUAAGAAUGGACUCCACCAACGCAGACGCACUUUACGUCCGAGGCUUGUGUCUUUACUACGAAGACUGCAUUGACAAGGCCGUGCAGUUUUUUGUGCAGGCUCUGCGCAUGGCGCCGGACCAUGAAAAGGCCCGGCUUGCCUGCAGGAAUGCCAAAGCAUUAAAAGCCAAGAAGGAGGAAGGAAACCUGACAUUUAAGAACAACAGCUAUGAAGCCGCCUAUCAGCUAUAUAGCGAAGCCCUCAGGAUAGACCCGAACAACAUCAAAACCAACGCCAAACUCUACUGCAACAGAGCCGCAGCAGGAGCCAAGAUGAAUAAACAUUGUCAAGCAAUCGAAGACUGCACCAGUGCCAUCAAGCUCGACGACACUUACAUCAAAGCUUACUUGAGAAGAGCACAAUGUUUCAUGGACACAGAGCAGUAUGAAGAAGCUGUACGCGACUACGAGAAAGUGUACCAGACUGAAAAAACAUCAGACCACAAGCACCUGCUGAAGACAGCAAAGUUGGAGCUGAAAAAGAGCAAAAGGAAAGAUUACUACAAAGUGCUAGGAGUCGGGAAGAACGCCACGGACGACGAGAUUAAAAAGGCCUACCGUAAACGCGCCCUAAUGCACCACCCAGACCGCCACAGCGCAGCCACUCCCGAAGUUCAAAAGGAAGAGGAGAAGAAAUUUAAGGAAGUGGGGGAGGCCUUCACUGUUCUGUCAGACCCUAAAAAGAAAACCCGAUACGAUAACGGGCACGACCUCGGUGACGACGGCACCUUUGAUGGGGGAGAUGUCGAUGCAAACAACAUCUUCAGGGCUUUCUUCGGUGGCCCUGGUGGCGGAUUUACUUUUGAAACCAAUGCAGAUUCUGGACCUGGAAAUUUGUUCUUCAAGUUUGGUUAA